AUGGGCGAUCCGUUUGUGGUGACAAAGCGAGUGCCAACGGCAUCCGAGACCGCUCCUCUCUCGAAAUGGGAAAUUGAGCAAAGGGAAGCCACAACAUCAAAGGAAGCGUCGAACAAGCCCGCUGCGCUGCCUGAAGGCGAUUAUAAACGUCGUCGGCAGAGUUAUCGAGCGAAGAUGACCCAUCUGACAAAGCGCACGACAAUCCAGGAGCACCGCGAUUUUAUCAAUAUGAGGAUGCAAAUGCUUGCGGAGGAAGAGGGCUAUCGACUGAUCGGAACAGUGGAUCGAGUUACGACAAAGACCACUCCGCAAGAAAUCGAGAGAGAAAUGCGAAGGAAGAGAGUGACGCCCAAAGAAUUGCAGUUCAGGAAUCCUCUGGAUGCUCGGAAUGAUAUGCGUCGAAAGCUGCGGGAACGAAGACGAAAGUGA